AUGUCAGUGCUUGCUAGUAUGAUUCAGUCUUCCGGCGAAGACGAAGAAAAUGUCCAUGAAGAAGUACAUAAUAGAGGAGAUUUAUGGCAACAAACACUGCAAGCUGCAGUUGCAGCUUCAGGACAGGCGGGUGACGUGAAUCGUAAACGGGCUCAGCAGCGGAAACCACUUCGGCAGACAAAUGUUGUUGAAAGAAAUGAACGCUCUUUAAUGUGUCUUAGUGUUAGGAAUCCAAUUAGACGAGCAUGUAUAGGUAUAGUAGAAUGGAGACCAUUUGAAUGGUUAAUAUUAUUAAUGAUUUGUGCAAAUUGUAUUGCAUUGGCUGUCUAUCAACCAUAUCCAGCUCAAGAUUCAGAUACAAAAAAUACAAUAUUAGAACAAAUUGAAUAUUUAUUUAUUAUUGUUUUUACAAUAGAAUGUAUUCUUAAAGUAAUUGCUCUUGGAUUUCUAUGUCAUUCUGGUGCUUACUUACGAAAUGCAUGGAAUAUGCUUGAUUUUUUGAUUGUCGUUAUUGGUCUUGUAAGUACUGUAUUAUCACGUAUGAAUAUUCAAGGAUUUGAUGUCAAAGCAUUAAGAGCAUUUCGUGUUCUUCGUCCAUUACGUCUUGUCUCUGGUGUUCCAAGUUUACAAGUUGUUCUUAACGCCAUCCUUCGAGCAAUGGUACCAUUGCUUCAUAUUGCCUUGUUAGUUAUGUUUGUUAUAAUUAUUUUUGCUAUUAUUGGCCUUGAACUAUUUUGUGGCAAACUUCACUCUACAUGUGUUGAUGUUAAUACGGGCGAACUAGCGAUGAAAAAUCCAACACCAUGUGGCUUUGCGGCUUCUGCAUAUCAUUGUGAGCCCAAUUUUAAUCAAAUAAAUACGACAAUAUCAAAAUGGAUCUGCUCAUCUAAUACAACUUGGCAGGGACCAAAUAAUGGGAUAACAAAUUUUGAUAAUUUUGGUUUAGCAAUGUUAACAGUCUUUCAGUGUGUCUCAUUAGAAGGAUGGACAGAUGUUAUGUAUUGGGUAAAUGAUGCUGUAGGUGUUGAAUGGCCAUGGAUAUAUUUCGUAACUCUCGUAAUUUUGGGAUCAUUUUUUGUCUUAAAUUUAGUUUUGGGAGUAUUGUCUGGAGAAUUUUCAAAAGAAAGAGAAAAAGCACGUGCACGUGGAUUAUUUCAAAAAUUUCGAGAAAAACAACAAUUAGAGGAAGAUUUAAAAGGUUAUUUAGAUUGGAUAACACAAGCUGAAGAUAUUGAACCUGUAAAUGAUGAUGAUAAUGUAGAAGAUGAACAACAAUUUAAUGAAGAUGGUAUGGAUGAGGAAGGUGAAGAAAGAACAGAAGAUUCUCGUCCAACAUGGUUUAUUAUAAAAAUGCGACUUUUCCAAAAAUGGAAUCGACGAUGUAGAAGAGCAUGUAGAAGAUUAGUAAAAUCACAAUCAUUUUAUUGGCUUGUUAUUAUUCUUGUAUUAUUAAAUACACUUGUCUUAACAUCAGAACAUUAUGGUCAAAGUGAAUGGUUAGAUAAUUUUCAAACUGCUGCGAAUCUAUUUUUUGUAAUACUGUUUUCGAUGGAAAUGCUUUUGAAGAUGUAUUCAUUAGGUCUAACCACCUACACAACAUCUCAAUUCAAUAGAUUUGAUUGUUUUGUCGUCAUCAGUUCAAUUUUGGAAUUUAUUUUGGUAUAUUUUAAUUUAAUGAAACCACUUGGAGUAUCAGUUUUAAGAUCAGCAAGAUUACUAAGAAUAUUUAAAGUUACAAAAUAUUGGACAUCUUUAAGAAAUCUUGUAUCAUCACUUCUUAAUUCAUUAAGAUCAAUUAUGUCAUUAUUGUUACUUCUUUUUUUGUUUAUUGUUAUUUUUGCCUUAUUAGGAAUGCAGGUAUUUGGUGGUAAAUUUAAUUUUGAUCCACAACAACCUAAACCAAGAGCAAAUUUUGAUACAUUUAUUCAAUCACUUUUAACAGUAUUUCAAAUACUUACUGGUGAAGAUUGGAAUACUGUUAUGUAUAAUGGUAUAGAAUCAUUUGGUGGUGUUGGAUCAAUAGGAGUACUUGUAUCAAUAUAUUUUAUUGUAUUGUUUAUUUGUGGUAAUUAUAUAUUGUUAAAUGUUUUCUUGGCUAUUGCUGUAGAUAAUCUUGCUGAUGCAGAUUCAUUAACAAAUGCAGAAAAAGAAGAAGAACAAGGAGAAGUAGAGUAUGAGGAAGGUGAAGAAGAUUAUGAAGAUGAAAAAUAUUUAGAAAAUAGAGGUGAUGAUGAUCAGGAAGAGGAUGAACAUGCUGUUAUUCCUGAAGGUGAUGAUGAUGGUGAAACUAAAGAAGAAGUUGGUGCACGUCCAAGACGUAUGUCACAUUUACCACAACAAACAAAAGAAAAACAAAUACCAAAAGCAUCGUCAUUAUUUAUAUUAUCUCAUACCAAUCCAUUUCGUGUAUUUUGUAACAAAAUUGUUAAUCAUCAAUAUUUUACAAAUAGUGUACUUGUUUGUAUUUUAGUAUCAAGUGCUAUGUUAGCAGCUGAAGAUCCAUUACAAGCACAAUCACCAAGAAAUUUAAUUCUCAAUUAUUUUGAUUAUUUCUUUACAACAGUUUUUACUAUUGAAAUAUCAUUAAAAGUUAUAGUUUUUGGUUUGGUAAUACACAAAGGAUCAUUUUGUAGAAAUGCUUUCAACUUAUUGGAUAUAUUAGUUGUAGCAGUAUCAUUAAUUUCAUUUGUUUUAAAAUCCGAUGCUAUAUCUGUAGUCAAAAUUCUUCGUGUAUUACGUGUUUUACGUCCAUUACGUGCUAUUAAUCGUGCCAAAGGAUUAAAACAUGUUGUACAAUGUGUUAUUGUAGCUGUUAAAACUAUCGGUAAUAUUAUGCUUGUAACAUUUAUGUUACAAUUUAUGUUUGCUAUUAUUGGUGUACAAUUAUUUAAAGGAACAUUCUUUUCAUGUAAUGAUCCAUCAAAAAUGACAGAAGCUGAAUGUAGAGGUGAAUUUAUACAAUAUGAAGAUAAUAAUCCAACAAAACCAAUGAGAUUAAGACGUGCAUGGACAAAGAAUGAUUUUAAUUUUGAUAAUGUAUUAGAUGCUAUGAUAUCAUUAUUUGUUGUUUCAACAUUUGAAGGAUGGCCAGAUUUAUUGUAUGUUGCUAUUAAUUCAAAUGAAGAAGAUCGUGGUCCAGUACAUAAUGCAAGACAAGCUGUUGCAUUCUUUUUUAUAACAUUUAUUGUAGUUAUUGCAUUCUUUAUGAUGAAUAUCUUCGUCGGUUUCGUUAUUGUUACAUUCCAAAAUGAAGGUGAAAGAGAAUAUGAAAAUUGUGAAUUAGAUAAAAAUCAAAGAAAAUGUAUUGAAUUUGCAUUAAAAGCUAAACCACAUAGAAGAUAUAUACCAAGAAAUCGUUUUCAAUAUAGAGUAUGGUGGUUUGUUACAUCACAAUUUUUUGAAUAUGCAAUAUUUAUUAUUAUUCUUCUUAAUACAACAACAUUAGCUAUGAAACAUUAUCCUCCUGAUACACAAAUGGAUCAUAUAUUAGAUGUAUUAAAUUUAAUAUUUACAGCAGUUUUUGCAUUUGAAGCAUUAUUUAAAAUAAUUGCAUUAAAUCCAAAAAAUUAUUUUGGUGAUAGAUGGAAUGCUUUUGAUUUUGUAAUUGUUCUAGGAUCAUUUAUUGAUAUUAUUUAUGGAAAAUUAUCACCUGGUUCUAAUAUUAUAUCAAUUAAUUUUUUCCGUCUUUUCCGUGUUAUGAGAUUAGUUAAAUUAUUAUCACGUGGUGAAGGUAUACGAACAUUAUUAUGGACAUUUAUGAAAUCAUUUCAAGCAUUGCCAUAUGUUGCAUUACUAAUUGUUUUACUAUUCUUUAUUUAUGCUGUAAUUGGUAUGCAAGUAUUUGGUAAAGUUGCCUUAGAUAGUGAAACGCAAAUUCAUAGAAAUAAUAAUUUUCAUACAUUUCCUGCAGCUGUACUGGUAUUAUUUAGAUCUGCUACUGGUGAAGCAUGGCAAGAAAUUAUGCUUGCUUGUGCUGAUAGAGAAGAAGUAAAAUGUGAUCCAGCAUCUGAUGAAUAUAAAAAAGAUCCAAAUGCAUUAUGUGGAGUUAAUUUUGCAUAUCCAUAUUUUAUAUCAUUUUUUAUGUUAUGUUCAUUCUUAGUUAUUAAUCUUUUUGUAGCUGUUAUUAUGGAUAAUUUUGAUUAUCUUACAAGAGAUUGGUCAAUUCUUGGUCCACAUCAUUUAGAAGAAUUUGUAAGACUUUGGUCUGAAUAUGAUCCAGAUGCCAAAGGAAGAAUUAAACAUCUUGAUGUAGUAACAUUAUUACGUAAAAUUUCACCACCACUUGGUUUUGGUAAACUAUGUCCACAUCGUUUAGCAUGUAAAAGAUUAGUUUCAAUGAAUAUGCCAUUAAAUUCUGAUGGUACAGUAUGUUUUAAUGCAACAUUAUUUGCUUUAGUAAGAACAAAUUUAAAAAUAUAUACGGAAGGAAAUAUUGAUGAGGCAAAUGAACAAUUAAGAUCAGCAAUAAGACGAAUAUGGAAAAGAACACCAUUAAAAAUGCUAGAUGAAGUUGUUCCACCUGCUGGAAGAGAUGAUGAUGUGACAGUUGGUAAAUUUUAUGCUACUUUCCUUAUUCAAGAUUACUUCCGACGUUUCAAAAAAAGAAAAGAAUUGGAGUCAAAGGGUGUUAAUUCUCAUCAACAUUCUCAAACAAUGGCACUUCAGGCGGGGCUUAGAACAUUACAUGAAAUUGGGCCUGAAUUAAAACGUGCAAUAUCAGGAAGUUUAGAUACAGAUUGGGCCCCAGAAACAGAAGAACCACAACAUAGAAGAACUCAUUCACUCUUUAAUAACAUUGUACAUGCUUUAAGUGGUGGGUCUAUUAAAUUAUCAAAAGAAGAAAGAAAUCGUCGUUUACUUUUAGUAGGAGAUAAUAAUAGUUCUUUAUCACCAUCACAUUCUAUUCCUGGUGACGAGUUAAUGUCAUUAGCUAUACAUUCUGAAAAUAAUCAAGGAACUGAUAUACCUAAUUCACAUUCAAUACCUCAUAAUUUAUUUAAUGAAAUGGAUAAUAAUACAAUGUAUCCUGGACCACAACAACGACAACCAAGAUCCAGAAUUUUACCAUCAAUACAUUUACCAAAUUAUAAAACACCAGAUUUACAUAGAUCUAAUUUUGUUCCAUAUCAAAGAAUAUCUAAAGGAUCUUCAACAGAUGGAGAAUAUAAUAUUCCACAAGCAGGGCAAAAAUAUAUUUUUAUAAAUAGAAGUGCACCCUCUGAUAGUGAGGAAGAAGAUUGGUAUGAAAGAAGACGUCGAAUUGAUGCAGAAGAAAAAAUGAUGUGUCAUCGUGCUUCAUCAACAUUAAUGCGUGACCCAUUAUUACUUCCAGCAUCAUCAGGAUAUAAUGAUGCAUAUGAUUGUCAUGUAUAUCGUCCAGCUCCUGAUGGAAAAGGAGUUAGAUUACCAUAUACCUCGCGUCCUAUGAUAGGAGGACCUAUUGAUGUACCACCACCACCACCACCAUCAUCAUUUAUUCCCAGACAAGAAUUGACAGAUAAUUUAGUAGCAAAAGCAUUAUCAUUAGGAAGAUAUAUGGAUCACAAUGUAGUUGAAAUAGCAAGAAGAGAAAUUGCUGAAGCAUAUCAAUUAGAUGAACCAUCAAUGGUUAGAGCAGCAUAUUCAUUAAGUGAAAAUCCUCCUGGUCCUGCCCCAAUAAAUAUACCAAAUUCAUCAAACAUAUCUCAUCAUCAACAUCCACUUCAUCAUUCUCAUCAUAUUGAUAUGAAUGAUGGAUAUCAUGAACCAGAAUAUUUGGAACAUGUUGGUGGAAUAAGACCAGAAGAGGUAAGUGAUAUAAAUCAAUAUUCACAACAAGGACUAUUCCGUCCAGUGGAUCCACAUACAUUAAGAAAUAAUACUAAUCAAAAUAGAGGAAAUGAUGGAAAUUCAUCGUCACAAGAAGAUCUGCUCUUAGUCACAACAUUAUAA